AUGGCAACUCAAUACAUCCUAUAUAGAGGACAACUCUAUAGAAGGUCCUAUGACAGUGUACACCUUCGUUGCUUGAAGAAAGAAGAAGCCGUGAGGGUAAUGGAAGAAGUUCAUCAAGGAAUUUGUGGCUCUCAUAUGAAUGGAAGAAUGUUAGCCAAGAAAAUCCUACGGGUAAGGUACCACUGGAAUAUGAAGGAGGUUGAUUGUGUGGGCUAUGUGAAGAGCUACCAUGAUUGUCAGACACACGCCAACUUGAAUCAUGUUUUGCCUAGUGAGUUGUACAGCAUGACCUCUCCAUGGCCAUUCUCAAUUUGGGGCAUAGAUGUGAUAAGAAGAAUAGCUCCUAAGGUUUCGAACGGGCAUGAGUACAUUUUAGUGGCAAUUGACUACUUCACUAAGUGGGUGGAAGCAGCCUCCUACUCCAUGUUGAAGGCUAAGCAUGUGGCUCGGUUCUUAGAAAACAACAUCAUAUGUUGGUUUAGGGUGCCUCAAGGGAUCAUUUUUGAUAAUGGUUCUCAUUUUGAAGGUAAAGUCCAAAGGGUCAUGGAAGAAUAUGGCAUUGAGCAUCACAAGUCUUCACCGUAUCUACCGCAAGCUAAUGGGCCGUAG